UUCUUUUGCGUGUAGUGACCAUACGCGUUGCAGUCUCUUUUUCCCCCAGUGUAUAUGAUUACAUGGCAAAAAAAUUUCACUUCGACUCGGCGACCCCCUGGUCAUCAGCUGUCAUAGUCGUCCGUCACUCAUCUACUGUUUAUUUACUGUUUGCGCGAAAAAAAUCCGUCUCAUCGGGAUAUGUUCGCGUAAGAAAAAAAUCGUAGCAAUCGUUGAAAAACCAUACAAAAAUAUUCCUGUCACGUUUAAGCAACUCCUUUCCCGCAGCUGGUCCGUAUUGAACCGUCCAAAUUUUUUCCGUAGUGUCCAAAUUAUCACGUGUAUUUUCGACCGUCAAAUUGCGCCCGCCGUUUUGUUUUUUCAUCUUAUUUGGUUGUAUCAGAAUGGAAAACCCGAAUCAAACGAACUCCAGAAGCACAGCGCAGAUGACCCUUUCGAGCACAAGCAAUGCCUCCAGCAACAGCAACAACAGCAGCAGUAGUCCUCUGAUUGGUAGCAAUGGUCAUCACGUUACCAGCAGCCAGAUUUUAUUGCAGCAGAAUUUCAACAUUACCCACCAGCAGCACCAUAAUCAACAACACCACUCACAACAACAACAGUCGCAUCAUCAGCAGCAACAGCAUCAAAACCACAAUCAUCCCCACCACCAUCAGAAUCAGUCGCACCACCCACUUCAACAGCAGCAACAACAACAACAGCACACCGCCCGACAACUACUGAUCCACAAUGCUCUUACCCGCACCACGUCCCAUCCGGUCGGUGGGAGUUCGUCUGCCACGACGGCCGCCGCCACGAUGGAAUCGCUAAUGGAACUACUCCGAAUGUCGACGGCCGCCAGCGUUCUGGCCCAGCAGCAGCAAUCGAGCAGGGCUGCUGGUGGUGGCACUGGAACCGUUGGUGGAGCAGCAUCAUCAUCAUCGGCAGCUGCCGCCGCAGCAGCAGCUGCUGCUGUCGUCGUUGCCGGUGGUGGACACCGGAAGCUGGAACGUACCCAGUCGGAACCGUUGCCGCAGCAGGUUAAUACUUCGAGAUAUAAAACCGAGCUGUGCCGACCGUUCGAGGAAGCGGGAGAGUGUAAGUACGGCGACAAGUGCCAGUUUGCGCAUGGCAUGCAGGAACUGCGCAAUCUCCAGCGUCAUCCAAAGUACAAGACGGAACUGUGCCGCACGUUCCACAGCGUCGGUUUUUGCCCGUACGGACCGCGGUGCCACUUUGUGCACAACGCGGAAGAAGCCCGCAGUCACAAUCGUUCGGUGGCGGCGUACCAUGCCCAGUUGGCAGCGGCCGCAGCAGCAGCUGCUGCCGGUGGUAGUAACAACGGCAACGGAAGUCACAAUCAAUCGUCGAAUGCGGCUUUGAUACAGCAGGCUCAACUUCAGCAUACGGCGGAGUUGUUGCAACAGCAACAGCGUCAACAACAACAUUUGCAGCAGCAACAUCAGCUUCCGCUAAGUCCAGCCCUGUCGAUGUCUACCGGUUCGGAUCGGGCUUCACCGAUAGGAUCACUAUCGCUUUCGCCUACCACUUCGAUGGCGAGCUUCUUCCCGGAACAGGGUAGCCCAACGUUCCCGCCGACAAGUCAGCAAAGUGCGUUCAAUUUCCCAGCAUCGCCACCGGCCAGUCCCAUCGAUGGCGGUCUAUCGCCAAUGACUACUCCUCCGCCGCCGUCUCCAUCGUUGGUAUCACUAUCGGGUAAAGUGGGUGCAGGAAGCAAUAGCAACAAUAAUUGCAGCAACAUCGAUGGCGACGCCCGGCUUCCGGUUUUCAAUCGGCUCAGCUCCACGGUGGAUGCCUUCACCAACAUGAUGAUCUAGAGGGAUGUGUGGUGGUGGUGGUGUGAUUUGGUGCAUGUGUGGGGUGGCCACGCUAACGGUUCGCUUGUAACUGUUUUUUUCUCUGUACGCAGCACGCACAUAGCGCUAGCAACCGAAGCCACACAAACAGACGAUUUUGUAUAUACUUAUUCAUCGAACGCACGUGUGUGGUUUUUUUCCUUCAAGUUUAAAAUGGGGUUAUUUAUGUAUCCGAUGGGUAAAAUGUUAAAUUUGUAAACGAAAACUGCUGCAAAAAAGUAAACGCACAGAUAUUUAUUUAUACAAACAAGCAAACUGAUGGAGAUACUAGGAGCUAACAACUAGCACGUUUCUGAAUCAAACAAAACCACGUGCGAAAGCAUAGUCCGACGGAGAAGUAAACACUUAUUUAACUAUUUAUUUUUAUAUUAAAUUUAUACCUUUUAUUUAAAUCGAACGAUAUAUGCAAACAAACACGCGCACACACACAUUUGUACAAACGCAAACUCAAGCUGGUAUGGGUGCGUGCGUGUGUUCCAAGCAGUUUGAGGUGAGCGUAAUUAUUCCUUCGCAUAAAAAAACACCAACGAGAGCUUCCAGUGAGAAACAAAUUUUCGAUUUCACAAAACUACCGCAAACGAAACAAAACACUGAAAAAUCGACGGAACCAACAAAUUCUCCUUCGUUUGUCACUAUGAUUAUUAACAUUACUAUUAUUAUUAUGAUGAUUAUUAUUAUUAUCAAACCUAUCUUGAUUAUUUUUUAAUUUAUUUUAUUUAUUUUUCUCUGCUUGAUUUUCACACUUUAUCGCAUAAGGAAAGCGAUUCGUAAAAAAGAUUAGUUUUUUUCCCACGUACAGUUAUUUAAAAAACGGCAACAACAGUUAAACAAAUUAAGCGUUAAUUUAAGUUACAAUCCUAGCAGAAGAAAAACGGUGAACCGAAUUUGAUUGGUCAGCAGAUCAGGCGGACGGCUUUUGUGCGCCAUUUUGCCAACACAAAAGCUCUGUUUUGUUCAGGUUAUUUUUCCACCCUAUUUCUGAAAUAUAUACAUAAUUUGUAGUAAUUUAUGCCCCCGGAAGCAACCGCACGAACGGAUACUUAUUCCUGUCAAGCCGAAAAUUUUGUUUAUAUUAGUUCUAUAUGUUUUGGUCACCACCAGAUAGUGCCUUAUCUAUUUAAAAUUAAUAUCUAUUGUAAACUGUAAACACGCUAGUAGGCUGCGCUUUUCGCUUCGUUGUGUUUUUCUUUUUUUUUACAAUCGAGUCAUGUACAGGUUUAGGUUUCAUACGCGGACACUCAGAACAGCCAAGCAGCCAAAAGCGGCAGGCCUACUAGGGAAAUAGGAUUGUAUUGUAUCAGCUCAGAAUAAACCUACUUUUUUCGUGCAAACCGCCUCCCAUUUGUGUGUACAUUUUCUAGCAACUGAUGAGCCUUUAUCGUAAAAUGUAAGUUAGAAACAAAAAAAAAAAUCAAGUGAUUUAUGUUAACAAAAAAUGCGCCCUAUUUUUGUAAAAUGAUUGAUUCUUCCAACGA